AUGGGAACCACAUCUUCCGCCACAGCUCAAGAGGAGGCGCAUACCUUCCACUGCCGGACCGAAGCUAACAUCGGUCCGCUGCUCCAGCGUUUCUGGGAGCUAGAGGAAGUUCACGACCGCCCCCCAAUGUCGGAAGAAGAGGAGAAGUGCGAACGGCACUUCAAGGGGACCCAUGCACGAAACAAAAAUGGACGCUAUGUGGUACGCCUACCUUUCGUACGGGAGCCUGCCGCUUCGCUGAAGCCUUCCAGGACAUCCGCGCUGAAGCUCCUGUUCAAUUGCGAACGCCGAUUAGCCUCGAACCACGCAUUAAAGGAUAAGUACGGCAAAUUCCUGGAAGAAUACCUGUCGCUGCAGCACAUGAAGGCAGUCCCGGAAACGGCCAAGGAGGAAUCGGCGUAUUAUCUCCCGCAUCAUGCGGUCGUCAAGCGGCACGACCCUACGGCAAAACUACGGGUCGUCUUCAAUGCCUCCUUCCGAACCGCUUCAGGAUACUCGCUUAAUGAUUGUUUGUCCGCAGGGCCGAAGCUCCAAGCAGACCUCUGGAUGGUCUUGACACGGUGGCGUAUCUUCAAGGUCGUUUUCACUACAGACGUGGUGAAAAUGUUCCGUCAGAUCCAGGUUCAUCCGGAGGACACGAAAUGGCAACGGAUUCUUUGGCGAACUGGUCCGGAUGAAAGAGUGCAGGACUUUCAACUCAUCACAGUAACCUACGGAACAGCCUGUGCGCCCUUCUUGGCCUUGAGGGUGCUCAACCAGCUGGCGGAGGAUGAAGGGGACCGGUUGCCACUGGGAGCGGCCGCCAUUCGCCGGCACACUUACGUCGACGAUAUCCUUGCUGGAGCAGACGACGUCGACGAAGCCCUGCAAGUAAAAGGCCAGGUCAUUCAGAUCUUCCAGGCUGGCGGAUUUAACCUGAGCAAGUGGGCGUCGAACGUACCAGAGUUAAGGGAGAACGGCGCCUCCGACCAGCACCUCUUCCAGGAAUGGCCAGGAAUCGCCACGUUAGGGGUCAACUGGGAUCCGACAACCGACUCCUUCUCGCUUCGGGUCGCGCCUCAGGCGGACUCCCCACCGGCAUCAACGAAGCGGUCCAUACUCUCCGAGGUCGCCAGCCUUUUCGACCCCUUCGGUUGGGUGGCCCCGGUGCUGGUCACCGCAAAAAUCCUCAUGCAGGAUCUCUGGAUCUUGGGCGCCGACUGGGAUCAAACUCUUCCUGAGGACAUCCAAACACGUUGGCAGACCUUCAGGCACUCACUGGACCAGCUGGAAACUAUCACCAUACCGCGCUGGAUCUUCACUUCUUCCAAAAGCCAACCAAACCUGGAGCUUCACGGCUUCUGUGAUGCCUCCCAACGGGCGUACGCAGCGGCGGUCUACCUGCGAGUUGAACACGAAGGCCAGGUCAGAACUUCGCUUGUGGUGGCCAAAACCAAGGUGGCCCCGGUCAAAACCGCAACCAUCCCGAGACUUGAGCUGUGUGGCGCCUCUUUGCUGUCCAAACUAAUGGUUCGGGUCAAGGAGGGACUCGACCUACCUGUCAGGAUGCAGGCGUGGACAGAUUCCAGCGUCUGCCUAUACUGGAUCCGAGGACACGCCUCACAGUGGAAGCCUUUCGUAGCCCAUCGGGUCUCCGACAUCCAGUCCGAGCUUCCACCCGACUUUUGGAAAUACGUGGCAUCAUCGGACAACCCGGCAGAUCUGGCCACACGAGGGAUCUCUCCAGCUGACCUCUUGAGGGCCGAACUCUGGUGGCAAGGACCUUCCUGGCUCUCUAAAUCAUCCAACCAGUGGCCAGCCGAAUGCCUGAAAAAAAGCGAGACCACGGACUUGGAACAACGCAAGGUCACAGUACAUCUUGCCGUGGAAGACAACUCGGAUGAGCUCCUUACCAGGUAUUCCUCGCUCUCCCGGCUUCUAACGGUACUAGCCUACUGCUUUAGGUUCAGCAACCUCGCCCGGAAAAGACCGUGCGAAAGCGGCUUCAUCAAGGCGGAAGAACGCGCCUCCGCCCUCCGAGCCGCUCUUCGGGUCUCGCAGCAAGCCUACUUUGGGGAAGAACUAAGCCAUCUUCAGGGACAUAGAGAGCUGAAGAGGUCUUCGCCACUGGCAUCCCUAAGGCCCUUCCUAGAUGAACAAGGUCUACUCAGAGUGGGAGGACGACUGGCCAACGCUCUACUACCGUUUGACGAAAGGCAUCCUUACCUUGUAUCGAGGAAUUGCCCCCUGGCAACGCUAUUAGUAAGGGACGCCCACCUACGUACUCUCCAUGGCGGACCGCAGCUGACCAGAAGCCACAUGGUCCGUCAGUUUUGGAUCCUGCGUGGGAGAUCUCUGGUUCGGGCUGAAAUCAAAAAAUGCGUCAAAUGUGCUCGUUUCAGCGGACGGGCAGGCGGUCAACUCAUGGGCCAUCUUCCUAACACCCGCACAGCCCCACAACGAGCCUUCUUGACCACUGGAGUGGACUACGCCGGACCAGUCAAAAUACGUACCACAGCGGGGCGUGGUCACAAGUCCUAUAAGGGCUACGUCGCACUCUUCGUCUGCUUAAGCACCCGGGCACUCCACCUCGAAGCAGUCUCAGAUCUAACCUCGUCUGCUUUCUUUGCAGCUUUCAAGCGUUUUACCAGCCGACGAGGCCGUUGCGCUACCAUGCUCAGCGACAACGGCACGACCUUCCAGGGAGCCGACCGAGAACUUCGUUCGCUGUUUCAACAGGCCUCGAACUUCUACCAAGAAGCGGCCUCCCUGCUGGCCAAGGACGGGACCAGCUGGCGCUUUAUUCCGCCCUACGCACCGCACUUCUGGGGCCUGUGGGAAGCAGGCGUUAAAUCAGUAAAACACCACCUUCGAAGAAUAAUGGGGGACUCUACACUCACCUACGAGGAGCUCUCCACACUUCUUUGCCAAAUAGAGGCAUGCGUCAACUCAAGGCCUCUCUUCGCUCUUUCGGACGACCCCUCGGAAUUGGGUGCCCUGACGCCCGGCCAUUUUCUCAUCGGGGAAACGCCCAGCUCCGUUCCCGAACCUGAGGCUUCCAGCACAACGCACAACACUUCACUCAGCGGACGGUGGAGACAGCUAAACCUCAUGCGGGCACAAUUCUGGCACCUGUGGAGGCGCGAGUACCUUCAGCACCUCCAUCGACUCCCGAAGUGGCGCCGACACCGACCAAAUCUCGAGGUGGGAAAUCUUGUCUUAAUCCGCGACGAACUAAUGCCCCCGGCAAAAUGGCCGUUGGGACGCGUUGAGGCCCUUCACCCAGGAAAAGAUGGGCAAGUAAGGGUGGUCACUAUACGCACGAAAGGAGGCACAGUACUUCGGCCAAUCGUAAAGAUUUGCCCCCUCCCGGUUCCGCCGUCCGACGCCACCUAA